AGGGUGGUCACGGUUUGAGGUUUAUUCUUCCUAGGGUGGGUUCCCACAUCUUUUCAGCUUGCCUCAGGGUAACCUCGUCAUCCAAUGGCAUAUGGUAGUCUUCAUGACCACUAAAGACCCCUGCGUGUAGUCUUCUAUGGAGCCUGACCAGGAAAUUACUGGAUGGCUGACCAGUCUGCACCUGUCCCAAUAUGCCUCCAGCUUCGCCAGGGCUGGCUACCGUUGCUUUAAAGACCUUAGGAUCCUAACUGAGGAGAAGCUUUUUGAGGUCGACAAUAUUCCCACAGGACACCGGCGGAGGAUCCUAAGCAGCCUGGAGACCCUGAUGGUGGAAGUGGAUGGUGGUAAAGGUUCUAUGAAAGUACCCGCGAGGAGAAAGCCGAUCCCAAGACCUAGACAAGUGUUUCCCAAGGCUAAGAAGAGAGGCAUAUCUUGUCAGAAUUCUCAGGGCAGUAACAUCCAGACGACAAAGCAAACUCUUCUUUCAGGGGCUAGUGUUACAUGUUACACUGUUUCCUCCAGCUCUAGCUCCGCCUCUGAGCAUGCCAGCAGCGAAUCACUGGAGAACUUUUCAGAAGAACCUAUUCCAGAUGAGAAUGAUGACUUUCCCUCAGAAGGAGCUUCUGUAGGGUUUCAGGGAAAAAUGGUUGAAAAUGAAAUAUAUGAGCAGUGCACCUUCAUUAAGGAACCCUCUGAGCUGAGUUCUAUCCUCUCCUAUAAGCUACGACACAGGCCCAUUCCAGAGAUCCCCGAGCAUCCCUUCAAACCUCCUUAUGACUGGAACGUGGCAGCAAAUAACAACAGUGACCAUCUCUCAAGGUCUGAGGGACACGCCUGCCCCACAGGCAGUAAGAAAGCAUCACUUCAAAGGACCUUGUCCCCCAUUGUCCCAUAUGGAGAGCUUUUUCUGUACAAUUCAGCAGAAAUAGAAACGGAUUUGGGCAAUGAUGUAAUGUCCAGUCAAGGAGUAAAAGAGAACCUGGAACAACAGAAGUUAAGAAACAAGCAGACACAAAUAACAAGAAGCAAGACAAUAACACACAAUAACAAGAAGCAAGACCUUUCCAAGCAACAUUAUGUCGAUGAUGAUGAUGAUGAUGAUUACUCCACUGUACAAGAAUCCACACUUAGUCAGCGCUUGGCUAAUGAAUGCUCUUUUAAACAACCUACACCGUCUACUCUUCUCUCGAGCACUGGACCAUCAGCUUUAGCCCAGCCACAAUCAGUUGUACAAGACAUAUACCGUAUGGUGCAAGAUGACAUACCGGGCCUACUGAGACCAAACCUUCCUUCUCAAACAGAAGUUUCCAUUUCUCCCUAUGCCUGCUUCUAUGGGACCCGUACUGCAGCCACCAAAGCAGGCUGGCUAGACAAACUCUCCCCUCAAGGGAACUAUGUCUUUCAGAGAAGAUGGGUGAAGCUUGAAGGAGGAAAUCUCACUUACUACAACAGCGAUAAGGAGAUGUACUCGAAGGGCCUGAUACCUGUUUCAGCAGUUAAACAAGUGUGCGCUCUGGGUGAGAAUAAGUUUGAGGUGGUCACCUCUGUAAGAACCUUUGUGUUUCGGGCAGAGAAAGAAGGAGAACGUCAGGAUUGGCUAGAGGUUCUCCAGUCUGCUGUGAGCUCCCAGUCCUCCAUUUCCCAUCAGCCUCGCAAAAAUAACACAAACAAGAGUGGCUACGUCGAGCUGCGUGGCCUCAAAGGAAGAGUCUACCUCAGCCUCAUGAGAACCAGCUUCAGACUCUGUAAAACAGACCAGGACUUUAAUGCAGGGCUGGCCAUCACUGUGGUGGACCUGACGGCUGCGUGUGUGAAACAAGUUGAGAGGAAAGGAUUUGAGAUCACUACACCUUUCAAAUCCUUCUGUUUCACAGUGGAGUCGGAGCGUGAGAGAGAGGAAUGGAUAGAGGCAGUUCAAGAGUCCAUCGUAGAGACAUUGUGCAAUUACAAGGUGCUUGAGAAGGUUUGGUUCAACAAGUCCAACAGGAAGUGCGCCGAUUGUCAGGCUCCUGAGCCGGAAUGGGCCUCCAUCAACCUGUGUGUGGUCAUCUGCAAGAAUUGUGCAGGUCAGCAUCGAUUCCUGGGUCCUGGUAUCUCAAAGGUCCGCAGUAUGAAGCUAGACAGCAGCAUAAGGACCAACGAGCUCAUUGAGCUGUUUUUAGACGUUGGGAAUAAAAAUUCCAACAGCUUCUGGGAAGCAAAUCUUCCCCCAGAGGAUGAGCUUUGCAAGCAGCCAUCGCCGGAGCAGCGUGCAUCCUUUAUCCACAGGAAGUACAAUAAGAGGAAGUACAAGAAAGUUCUAGAAGGUCUAAACACUCAAGAGGAACUCAACAAGGCCCUGUGUGCUGCAGUGGUUCUCCCUGACAUCCUGCAAACCAUGGCCCUGGUUUUCAGUGGGGCGGAUGUGAUGUGUGCGACAGGUGACCCUGAGUACUCCACUCCGUAUCUACUGGCUCAGAAAGCUGGCCAGAGGCUGCAGAUGGAGUUUCUCCACCACAACAAGCUCUCAGAUUUUCCUAAGCUGGAAGCAUUAUGUGACAGCAGUUUUCCGGCUGAUGUUCCUUCUUUUAUGGAUGGAUUUCUCUAUUGCUCUGUGAACGCCAGCAAGGCCACUCUGGACUGGAAAGGAAGACCCGACAUGGUCCGCCGUUGGUGUACGUUGGAAGGUGGAUUUCUUAGUUACUAUGACAAUGAGAAGAACGCUUCACCCAUAGGCCGAGUUGACAUUAGUGACGUGGUGAGCCUGGCCAUCAACAACACUGAGAUCAUCACCGAAACAGGGUCAGUGUUCACCUUUGAGCUGUACCUGCGCUCUCAGAGAGUGCUGGUGUUCGGAGCAGAGACCUCAGAUGCACAUCAGGAUUGGACACAUGCCAUCGCCAAGUGUUUUGUCCCUGCAAGGGCAGAUGCUCUACUGAGGCAGGACAGUGAGCUUAUUGGCCGACUGCACUAUAAAGAGGGUCAUGACCUUUAUCAUUGGCGAAUGGGAUGGUUUGCUCUGGUGGCUUCAGAACUCUACUUCUGUUCUGGAGAUGAAGAUGAAGAGGAGGGAGUUAUUCAACUCAAACGCCUACAGGAGCUUAGUGAGAACAAAUAUACAUGCAUAGCAAUAGAUGAACUAUUCUUUUCAUAUCUUUCAUUCUAUGUUUUUCCAAACCCUUUU